UAAAGGCGACGCUCGGUGAGAUCACGGUGUGAGGUGAGGUGGUAGCGACUUGUGGGGAAUGCAAUGGGGUUCCUUCACUGAGACCGUAGUUGGUUAAUUCCAUAGCCCUCAGUGGGAAAAGACAACCCAGCGUUUCACCACCUUGUGUGAACAAUACCAUGUAGAGGAGAUAUCGUUCGCAAGAAAAUAAAAGUGACAAUGGGCUGUAACUGCAGCACAGACUACGAUGACGACAACUGGAUUGAGGACAUGUGUGAACAGUGCAGACUGGAGUAUGAACAAGAGCAGAAACAGUACCUGCAGCAAAAUUACCCAGAAAUACGAGACCCUUUGGUAUCCUAUAAUCUUCAAUCUCCGCCAACUUCACCCUUUCCAGCUGAUGAUAUAUUUGUCGCCUUGUACAAUUAUGAGAAAACUCAUCACGAUGACCUGGAGUUCAAGAAAGGCGACCAGAUGAAGGUGAUUCAACGGGAGGGCGAAUGGUGGAAAGCCCAGUCGCUGGAAACUGGACAAGAAGGAUACAUCCCAUACAACUUUGUGGCUAAGGCACACACGCUGGAGAUUGAAUCGUGGUUUUUCCAGGGUCUGAGCCGGAAGGAGGCUGAGCGACAGCUCCUGGCCGCUGGCAACACGCAGGGCUCAUACCUGAUCAGGGAGAGUGAAACCACGAAGGGUUCUUAUUCACUCUCUGUGAGGGAUUUCGACUCACAACAAGGCGACGUGGUGAAACACUAUAAGAUCCGUUCUCUGGAUAAAGGAGGAUAUUAUAUUUCCCCACGGAUAACCUUUAAUACUCUGCAUGAGCUGGUCGAUCAUUACUCCUACCACAUCGAUGGGUUAUGUCAGCUCCUGAAGAAACCCUGUCAGACUCACAAACCGCAGAAGCCAUGGUGGCACGAUGAGUGGGAGGUGUCACGAGAGUCCCUGAAACUGGUGCAGAAGCUGGGAGCCGGACAGUUCGGGGAGGUGUGGAUGGGUUACUAUAACGACUACACCAGAGUUGCCAUUAAAUGUCUGAAGACUGGCAGCAUGUCAGCUGAUUCAUUCCUCGCUGAAGCCAAUUUGAUGAAGACAUUACAACAUUAUAGACUGGUGAAGCUCAAUGCCGUGGUCACUGAGGAACCAAUCUACAUCAUCACAGAGUACAUGGCGAAUGGUAAUCUGGUUGACUUUCUGAAGUCACCUGUUGGAUCGAAGCUCAACAUAUAUAAGCUGAUCGAUAUGGCAGCACAGAUCGCAGAGGGAAUGGCUUUCAUUGAACAGAAGAAUUACAUCCAUAGGGAUCUCCGUGCAGCCAAUAUCCUGGUCUCAGAGGAGAUUUCUUGCAAGAUUGCAGACUUUGGACUUGCUCGACUCAUUGAGGACAAUGAGUACACAGCAAGAGAGGGUGCUAAAUUCCCCAUCAAGUGGACAGCACCGGAAGCCAUCAACUAUGGCACAUUCACCAUCAAGUCUGAUGUCUGGAGCUUUGGAAUUCUCCUUACAGAGAUUGUAACAUACGGACGGAUACCAUAUCCAGGAAUGACCAAUCCGGAGGUGAUUCAGAAUUUGGAACGGGGCUAUCGGAUGCCAGCACCUGAAAACUGCACGGAAGAACUCUAUGAAGUGAUGAUGCGAUGCUGGGGAGAAAAUCCCGAUGAUCGGCCGACGUUUGAGUAUCUCCAAAGUGUCCUGGAGGACUUUUUUACAGCCACUGAGGCUCAGUACCAGCAGCAGCCUUAAGGAGGAACACCCGCCCACUGCUGGACCAGAGGACUUGGAUUUACACAACACCUUCUGCACGCUUUACCAAUAUUGUACAACCAAUAUGUUUGAAAUUUUGUAAGAUAGGAACCAUGGCAGCCAAUUAGCGCAGAGCAAGGCUCACAAAAAGCAAUGCGAUAACGACCAGGUAAUCUGUUUAGUGAAAUUCCACAAUGUAUAAGUGGCUUUCUGGAAAACUCCGCUCUUCAAAAUAGUGUCUUGGCAAAGCUGUCUCCCGCGUGUCAGCCUAGCAAUUCCUGCUCUGGGAAUUACAUAGAGUGUUACAGCACAGAACAGACCCUUUGGCCCACAAUGUCGUACCGACCCUUUAACCUACUCUAUGAUCAACCUAACCCUUCCAUCCUACAUAGCCCUCCAUUUUUCUGCCCUCCAAGUUCCUAUCCAAGAGUUUCUUAAUGUAUCUGCAUCCUUUGCCACCCCUCUCAGCAUGUUCCAUGCACCCACCACUCUCUCUGUAAAAAAUACUUACCCCUGACAACCCCUUAUAAUUUCCUCCAAUCACUGUAGAACCUUCAGGGUGCUCAGUUUCACUCACUAAUCACCCUCCCACCUCCCUCCCAUGCAUUAGAGGGGAUACAACAAAUGUCUGCCUGCCUCCUCUUACCUAGUGACACAUAAGAGCUAGAGAUAUAUUUAAAAUCCCAGUUCUACAAGGUUCAACACACACAAAAUGCUGGAGGAACUCAGCAGGUCAGGCAGCAUCUAUGGAGAGGAAUAAAGCCAAUGUUUCAGGACGAAACCCUUUACCAGCACCUGAAAAAAGGGGGCAGAAGCCAGUAAAAGAAGAUGGGGGAGGGGAAGGAGGUCAAGCUGACAGGU